GGCCUCAAGGCCUACCCCAAUGUAGCGGCCCUGCCUGAAACGCCGGAUGCUGCCAUCAUUGCCGUACCGGCUGCGCAAGUGAUCGCGACCGUGCAAGAGCUGGGUGCACGGGGCGUGCCCGUAGCCAUUAUUUUUAGCUCUGGUUUUGCCGAAACCGGCCCCGAUGGCGUGGCUGCACAAGCGCAACUCGUUGCCACUGCCCGUCAGUAUGGUAUGCGCAUCUUGGGGCCCAACUGCAUGGGUGCCUUUAACACCCGCAGCGGCUGGUAUGCCAUGUUCACCACGGCUUUUGAGCAAGGCUGGCCUAAGCCAGGGCCCAUCGGCAUGGUCAGUCAAUCGGGCGCUUUUGCCACCUACCUGGUGUGUCUGGCGCGCGAGCGCGGCAUAGGCACCCCCGCCUGCGUGACCACGGGCAAUGAAUCAGAUAUUACCGUAGGCGAAGUCAUUGAGUGGUAUGUCAAUGAUCCGCACACCAAGGUCAUCGUGGCUUAUGCCGAGGGCAUUAAAGAAUCUGCCAGCUUUAUCCGCGGCCUGGCCGCCGCACAAAAAGCGGGUAAACCGGUCGUCAUCAUGAAAGUGGGGCGCAGCGAACUCGGUCAUAGUGCAGCGCAAUCACACACCGCUUCAGUGGCAGGCGAUGAUGCAGUGACCGAUGCGGUUCUCACGCAAUACGGCGCCCUGCGUGCGCACUCCACCGAAGAGCUGCUCGACUUUGCCUACGCCGCCAGUUGCGGCAUUUACCCCGCACACAACACCUUGGGCGUUAUCACCAUCAGUGGCGGG